AUGACCCUGCCACCCACCAGCACUGGGACCUCAGCCCCAGACGUGGGCGGCCGCAUGCUGACGGGGGGUCCUGUCCUCGCAGCUCCAGACAACAGGGGCCGGUGCUCCACAUGGGGGGCAGGCCACUUCUCUACCUUUGAUGGCUACACAUACGACUUCUCGGGGACCUGCAACUACGUCUUUGCGGCCGUCUGCAAGGAUGCCCCAUCCACCUUCAGCGUCCAGCUACGGCGAGGGCCUGGUGGGAACAUCUCCCGGAUCAUUGUGGAGCUGGGGGCCUCUGUAGUCACCGUGCAGGACGCAGUCAUCACCGUCAAGGACGUGGGGGUGGUCAGCCUGCCCCACACCAGCAACGGGCUCCAGAUCACACCCUUCGGACAGAGCGUGCGGCUGCUGGCCAAGCAGCUGGAGAUGGAGCUGGUGGUCAUGUGGGGUCCCGGUGCCCAUCUCAUGGUACUGGUAGAGAGGAAGUACAUGGGCAAGAUGUGCGGGCUGUGCGGGAACUUUGACGGCGAGAAGACCAACGAGUUUCUGAGCGAGGACGGCCAACUGCUGGAGCCCCACAAGUACGCCGCCCUCCAGAAGCUGGACGACCCCAACGAGAUCUGCGCCUACGAGGCCAUCCCCAGCCCCCGGCUCCUGCAGGCAGAGCACGCCCAGGCUUGCCUGCGGCUGCUGACCCUGGUGGCGCCCGAGUGCACCGUGCCCCAGGAGCCCUUCCUGCUGAGCUGCCAGGCGGACAUGGCCGCAUGCGCGGAGCCCGGCCGGCCCAACUGCAGCUGCGCCACGCUGUCUGAAUACUCACGCCAGUGCAGCGUGGCCGGCCAGCCCGUCAGCAGCUGGCGGGGCCCCGACCUCUGCUCUGUGGGCCAGUGCCCGGCCAACCAGGUGUACCGGGAGUGCGGCGAGGCCUGCGUGCGGACCUGCUCCAACCCACGGCACAGCUGCUCCAGCUUCUGCACCUUCGGCUGCUUCUGCCCAGAAGGGACGGUUCUGGACGACAUCUCGAAAAACCACAGCUGUGUUCCCGAGCCCCAGUGCCCCUGCAUGCUCAGUGGGGUGGUCUACGCCCCCGGGGAGGUCACAACAGCCGCCUGCCAGACCUGCCGGUGCUCGGGGGGCCACUGGGAGUGUGAGGAGCGGCCCUGCCCGCGGCGCUGCGCCCUGGAGGGCGGCUCCUUCGUCACCACGUUCGACGCCAGGCCCUACCGCUUCCAUGGCACCUGCACCUACGUCCUUGUCCAGAGCCCCCAGCUCCCUGGCGGCGGCUCGCUCAUGGCUGCAUUCGACAAGUCUGGGUAUUCACACUCGGAGACCUCCCUAGUUGCUGUCAUCUACAAAUCCAGCCAGGACAAAAUCAUGAUUUCUCAGGAUGAGGUGGUCACCAACAACGGCGACACCAAGUGGCUGCCAUACAAGACUCGAAACAUCACGGUCUUCAGGCAGACAUCCACCCACCUUCAGAUGGUCACCACCUUUGGGCUGGAGCUCGUGAUCCAGCUCUGGCCCGUGUUCCAGCUGUACAUCACUGUCGGGCCCCAGUUCAGAGGCCAGACCAGAGGGCUCUGCGGCAACUUCAAUGGGGACACGACGGACGAUUUCACCACAAGCAUGGGCAUCACCGAGGGCACUGCCUCGCUCUUCGUGGACUCCUGGCGGGCGGGGAACUGCCCCGCUGCGCUGGAGCGAGAGACCGACCCCUGCUCCAUGAGCCAGCUCAACAAGGUGUGUGCGGAGACCCACUGCGCGGUGCUGGUGCAGAAGGGCACAGUGUUCGAGAACUGCCAUGCCACCGUGGACCCCAAGCCCUUCUACAAGAGGUGCGUGUACCAGGCUUGCAACUACGAGGAGACAUUCCCGCACAUCUGCGCCGCCCUCGGCGACUACGCGCUCGCAUGCGCCUCCCGGGGCGUCCUGCUGCAGGGCUGGAGGAACAGCGUGGACAACUGCAGCAUUCCCUGCACAGGCAACCAGACGUUCAGCUAUGACAGCCAGGCCUGUGACCACACGUGCCUGUCGCUGACCGACCGCGAGGCCGAGUGCCACCCCAGCGCUGUGCCGGUGGACGGCUGCAACUGCCCUGAGGGCACCUACCUGAACCACAAGAGCGAGUGUGUGCGCAAGGCCCAGUGCCCCUGCCUCCUGGACAGCCACGGGUUCAUCCUGGCCGACCAGUCCACCAUGGUCAAUGGGGUCGUCUGCCGCUGCGUCAACGGGCGGCUGAGCUGUCGGGCGCGGCCUCAGAUGCUUCUGGCGACCUGCUCAGCGCCGAAGACCUUCCAGUCCUGCAGUCAGUCCUCGGAGGACAAGUUUGGGGCGGCCUGCGCCCCCACCUGUCAGAUGCUGGCCACUGGCACCCCCUGCGUGCCCACGAAGUGUGAGCCCGGCUGUGUCUGUGCCAAGGGGCUCUACGAGAACGCCAGUGGGCAGUGCGUGCCCCCCGAGGAAUGCCCAUGCGAGUUUGCGGGCAUCUCCUACCCCCGGGGUGCUGAGCUCCACACUGACUGUAAGAGCUGCACCUGCUCGAACGGGACGUGGUCCUGCCAGCAGAGCGCCCACUGCCCGUCCACCUGCAGCCUCUAUGGGGAGGGCCACGUGGUCACCUUUGACGGGCAGCGCUUCGUGUUCGACGGCAACUGCGAGUACAUCCUGGUCACGGACGGCUGCAAUGCCAGUGACUCGCAGCCCACCUUCAAGAUUCUGACAGAGAACGUCGUGUGUGCAAAGUCAGGCGCCACCUGCUCACGGGCCAUAAAGAUCCUCCUGGGGGGCCUGUCCAUCGUGCUGGCAGACGCCAACUACACGGUGAGCGGGGAGGACCCUGGCGUGCACUUCCGGGUCAAGGCUGGCUCCCUGCACCUGGUGCUGGACGUCACCAUCGGCAGCGCGUACAACCUGACUCUCACCUGGAACAAGCACAUGGCCGUCUUCAUCAAGGUCGCCCGCGCCUCCCAGGAUCCCCUCUGCGGCCUGUGUGGCAACUACAAUGGGAAUAUGAAGGACGACUUCCAGACACGCAGCAAGUACUUAGCGUCCAGCGAGCUGGAGUUCGUGAACUCCUGGAAGGAGAGCCCGCUGUGCGGCGACACCACCUUCGCGCUGGACCCCUGUAGCCUCAACGCCUUCCGCCGCUCCUGGGCCGAGCGCAAGUGCAGCAUCAUCAACAGCCAGACCUUCGCCGCCUGCCACGGCCAGGUCUACCGCCUGCCCUACUACGAGGCCUGCGUGCAGGACACGUGUGCGUGCGACACUGGGGGGGACUGCGAGUGCCUAUGUGACGCUGUGGCCGCCUACGCCAAGGCCUGCGUGGACAAGGGCGUGUGUGUGGACUGGCGGUCCCCCGACUUCUGCCCCGUGUACUGUGACUUCUACAACACGCACAUGCAGCUGGGCAGCGAGUUCCAGUACACCCAGCAGGCCAACUGCACAUGGCACUACCAGCCGUGCCUCUGUCCCGCGUGGCCACAGCGCGUCCCGGACAACAUCGAAGGCUGCUACAACUGCUCCCAGGACGAGUACUUUGAUCACGACAAGGGGACGUGCGUGCCAUGCAGGCUGCUGCCCACCACGCCGGCUCCAACAGGCUCGCCUGCCACAGAAACUACGCCGGCCACAGCCAGCACCACGCUGACCCCCAGCACUGGGCUCGGCUCCCCAACAACACCCACGGCCCCCACGCAGACGCCUAGCCUCUCAGCCACAGCCUCUUCAUCCACACAGGCAGGGACAGCCCCAACCACCCGGACACAACCAGCGGUCUCCUCGGAGGGGUCACCUCAGAGCACCUCUGCUGUCACCACCCGGGCCACAUCCGCACUGGCCCCCACGGUCACUCAGAGGUCCACAGCCACAGGCCCUCCCGUGACCUGGGCCACCACGCGGCCCACGGGGCCCUCCUUCAGCACCGCCACGCAGUCCACAGCUCGGGCCACGGCGCACACGACAGCAGCCUCGCCAAGCCUGGCAACGCCAGGGACCGCCACAGAGCACCCCACAAGUAAGCACGCCCUGCCGCCUGUCCCUGCAGAGGGGCCUCCAUGGGGCAGCCCCAGCACCCAGCCUGAGCCUCUGGGCCACGGGGAAGAGAGUGGCCUUGGGGGGCCCUGUGACCAUGGGCCUAAGCCCACCACAGACAGAGACCACCACAGCCACACCACUGACAACCACCACCAAAGGGACUACCACACCCAGAGCCACGCCACUGACAGAGACCACCAGAAAAACCACUACGCCCACAGUCACACCACUGACAGAGACCACCACAGAAACCGCCACACGCACAGUCACACCACUGACAAAGACUACAACAGAAAGCACCACAGUCACAGCCACUCCACUGACAGAGACAACCAGAGAGACUACCAUAUCAACAGCCCCAAUACUGACAGAGACCACCACACACACAGCCCCACCACCGACAGAGACCACCGCAGCCACACCACUGACAACCACCACCACAGAGACCACCACACACACAGCCCCACCACUGACAGAGACCACUACAAAAACCACUACACCCACAGCCACACCACUGACAAAGACCACCACACCCACAGUCACACCACUGACAGAAACCACCACAGAAACCGCCACACGCACAGUCACACCACUGACAAAGACUACAACAGAAAGCACCACAGUCACAGCCACUCCACUGACAGAGACAACCAGAGAGACUACCACACCCACAGCCCCACCACUGACAGAGACCACCACACCCACAGUCACACCACUGACAGAGACCACUACAAAAACCACUACACCCACAGCCACACCACUGACAAAGACUACAACAGAAAGCACCACAGUCACAGCAACUCCACUGACAGAGACAAUCAGAGAGACUACCACACCCACAGCCACACCACUGACAAAGACCACCACAGCCACACCAUUGACAAAGACCACCACAGCCACACCACUGACAACCACCACCACAGGGACCACCACACCCACAGCCCCACCACUGACAGAGACCACGACAGCCACACCACUGACAACCACCACCACAGGGACCACCACACCCACAGCCCCACCACUGACAGAGACCACCAGAGCCACAUCACUGACAACCAACACCACAGAGACCCCCACACCCACAGCCCCACCACUGACAGAGACCACCACAGCCACACCACUGACCACCACCAGCACAGAGACCACCACACCCACAGCCCCACCACUGACAGAGACCACCACAGCCACACCACUGACAACCACCACCACAGAAACUGCCACACGCACAGUCACACCACUGACAAGGACUACAACAGAAUCCACCAUAGUCACAGCCACUCCACUGACAGAGACAACCAGAGAGACUACCAUAUCCACAGCCCCAAUUCUGACAGAGACCACCACACACACAGCCCCACCACCGACAGAGACCACCGCAGCCACACCACUGACAACCACCACCACAGAGACCACCACACCCACAGCCCCACCACAGACAGAGACCACCACAGCCACACCACUGACAACCACCACCAAAGGGACUACCACACCCAGAGCCACGCCACUGACAGAGACCACCAGAAAAACCACUACGCCCACAGUCACACCACUGACAGAGACCACCACAGAAACCGCCACACGCACAGUCACACCACUGACAAAGACUACAACAGAAAGCACCACAGUCACAGCCACUCCACUGACAGAGACAACCAGAGAGACUACCAUAUCAACAGCCCCAAUACUGACAGAGACCACCACACACACAGCCCCACCACCGACAGAGACCACCGCAGCCACACCACUGACAACCACCACCACAGAGACCACCACACACACAGCCCCACCACUGACAGAGACCACUACAAAAACCACUACACCCACAGCCACACCACUGACAAAGACCACCACACCCACAGUCACACCACUGACAGAAACCACCACAGAAACCGCCACACGCACAGUCACACCACUGACAAAGACUACAACAGAAAGCACCACAGUCACAGCCACUCCACUGACAGAGACAACCAGAGAGACUACCACACCCACAGCCCCACCACUGACAGAGACCACCACACCCACAGCCCCACCACUGACAGAGACCACCACACCCACAGCCCCACCACUGACAGAGACCACCACACGCACAGCCCCACCACUGACAGAGACCACCACACCCCCACCACUGACAGAGACCACCACACCCACAGCCCCACCACUGACAGAUACCACCACAGGCACAGUCACACCACUGACAACCACCACCACAGGGACCACCACACCCAGAGCCACGCCACUGACAGAGACCCCCAGAAAAACCACUACAGCCACAGUCAUACCACGGACAGAGACCACCACACCCACAGUCACACCACUGACAGAGACCACCACAGAAACCGCCACACGCACAGUCACACCACUGACAAAGACUACAACAGAAACCACCACAGUCACAGCCACUCCACUGACAGAGACAACCAGAGAGACUACCAUAUCCAUAACCCCAAUACAGACGGAGACCACCACACGCACAGCCCCACCACUGACAGAGACCACCUCACGCACAGCCCCACCACCGACAGAGACCACGACAGCCACACCACUGACAACCACCACCACAGAGACCACCACACCCAGAGCCAUGCCACUGACAGAGACCACCACACCCACAGUCACACCACUGACAGAGACCACUACAAAAACCACUACACCCACAGCCACACCACUGACAAAGACUACAACAGAAAGCACCACAGUCACAGCAACUCCACUGACAGAGACAAUCAGAGAGACUACCACACCCACAGCCACACCACUGACAAAGACCACCACAGCCACACCACUGACAAAGACCACCACAGCCACACCAUUGACAAAGACCACCACAGCCACACCACCGACAACCACCACCACAGGGACCACCACACCCACAGCCCCACCACUGACAGAGACCACCAGAGCCACAUCACUGACAACCACCACCACAGAGACCACCACACCCACAGCCCCACCACUGACAGAGACCACCACAGCCACAUCACUGACAACCACCCCCACAGAAACCGCCACACGCACAGUCACACCACUGACAAGGACUACAACAGAAUUUACCAUAGUCACAGCCACUCCACUGACAGAGACAACCAGAGAGACUACCAUAUCCACAGCCCCAAUUCUGACAGAGACCACCACACACACAGCCCCACCACCGACAGAGACCACCGCAGCCACACCACUGACAACCAUCACCACAGAGACCACCACACACACAGCCCCACCACUGACAGAGACCACUACAAAAACCACUACACCCACAGCCACACCACUGACAAAGACCACCACACCCACAGUCACACCACUGACAGAAACCACCACAGAAACCGCCACACGCACAGUCACACCACUGACAAAGACUACAACAGAAAGCACCACAGUCACAGCCACUCCACUGACAGAGACAACCAGAGAGACUACCACACCCACAGCCCCACCACUGACAGAGACCACCACAGCCACACCACUGACAACCACCACCACAGGGACCACCACACCCACAGCCCCACCACUGACAGCGACCACCACAGCCACACCACUGACAACCACCACCACAGGGACCACCAUACCCACAGCCCCACCACUGACAGAGACCACCACAGCCACACCACUGACACCAGACAGGAACCACACAGACCACUGACAGAGACCACCACAGCCACACCACUGACAACCACCACCACAGGGACCACCACACCCAGAGCCACGCCACUGACAGAGACCCCCAGAAAAACCACUACACCCACAGUCAUACCACUGACAGAGACCACCACAGAAACCGCCACACGCACAGUCACACCACUGACAAAGACUACAGCAGAAACCACCACAGUCACAGCCACUCCACUGACAGAGACAACCAGAGAGACUACCAUAUCCACAGCCCCAAUACUGACAGAGACCACCACACGCACAGCCCCACCACUGACAGAGACCACCACAGCCACACCACUGACAACCACCACCACGGAGACCACCACACCCAUAGCUCCACCACUCACAGAGACCACCACAGCCACACCACUGACCACCACCAUCACAGAGACCACCACACCCACAGCCCCACCACUGACAGAGACCACCAAAAAAACCACCACACCCACAGUCAUACCACUGACAGAGACCACCACACCCACAGUCACACCACUGACAGAAACCACCACAGAAACCGCCGCACGCACAGUCACACCACUGACAAAGACUACAACAGAAACCACCACAGUCACAGCCUCUCCACUGACAGAGACAACCAGAGAGACUACCAUAUCCACAGCCCCAAUACUGACGGAGACCACCACACGCACAACCCCACCACCGACAGACACCACCACCCCCACAGCCCCACCACUGACAGAGACCACCACACGCACAGCCCCACCACUGACAGAGACCACCACAGCCACACCACUGACAACCACCACCACAGAGACCACCACACCCACAGCCCCACCACUGACAGAGACCACCACAGGCACAGUCACACCGACAACCACCACCACAGGGACCACCACACCCAGAGCCACGCCACUGACAGAGACCACCACACCCACAGUCACACCACUGACAACCACCACCACACCCACAGCCCCAUCACUGACAACCACCACCACACCCACAGCCACACCACUGACAAAGGCUACAACAGAAAUCACCACAGUCACAGCCACUCCACUGACAGAGACAAUCAGAGAGACUACCAUAUCCACAGCCCCAAUACUGACAGAGACCACCACACACACAGCCCCACCACUGACAGAGGCCACCACAGCCACACCACUGACAACCACCAUCACAGAGACCACCACACCCACAGUCACACCACUGACAGAGACCACCAUACCCACAGCCCCACCACUGACAGAGACCACUACAAAAACCACUACACCCAUAGCCACACCACUGACAAAGGCUACAACAGAAACCACCACAGUCACAGCCACUCCAGUGACAGAGACAAUCAGAGAGACUACCACACCCACAGCCACACCACUGACAGAGACCCAUACAUCCACAGUCACACCACUGACAACCACCACCACAGGGACCACCAGACGCACAGUCACACCACUGACAAAGACUACAACAGAAUCCACCACAGUCACAGCCACUCCACUGACAGAGACAACCAGAGAGACUACCAUAUCCACAGCCCCACCACUGACAGAGACCACCACAGCCACACCACUGACAACCACCACCACAGAGACCACCACACACACAGCCCCACCACUGACAGAGACCACCAGAAAAACCACCACACCCACAGUCAUACCUCUGACAGAGACCAGCACAGAAACCUCCACACGCACAGUCACACCACUGACAGAGACUACAACAGAAACCACCACAGCCACACCAGUGACAAAUACCACCACAGGGAUCACCACACCCACAGACACACCACUGACAAAGACUACCACACCCACAGUCCCACCACUGACAAAGACCACCACAGGUACCACUCAAGCCCAAAACUCGGUCAGCACAGUGAACUUCACAGCCCCAAUAUCACACUCUACUUCAGCCAUCCUCCCUGUGACCACUUCUCCAGCACUCAGCACUAUCUCCCAUACAUCCACCAGUAGAGGCACUGGGACACCCAUGACACGCACUACAACAGCCGCCCCCACUAGGCCACACAUGCCAUUCACCACUCACUCCCGUGCCACCGUUUCUGUCCAUACCACCUCUCACACAACAGCUCUGCCAGCAGGAACAUCCUUCCGGCCCACCACCACCCAUUCCACCCCAUCACAUCCAGAGACCCUUCCCGUCCACGUGUCAACAUCUGUGACUUCCACCUCUCACCGAGUCAUCACCCCAACUGAGUCCCAUGCUACCUACUCCACCACAAAGCCUACUGGCACCCCAACGCCAUUGACACACAUCCUGGUCACAUCCACGGCACCCACAUCCAUGUCCUCACUGUCGACAACAACAACAGGGAGCACCACACCCACAACCCUGCCACUCACAAAGACCACAACAGGGACCACUCAGGCCCAGAGCCCGGUCAGCACGGUGCCAGCACAAAGCUCUAGCUUCCCCUCUCCAUCAUCUUCUCCGGCUUCUCUGAACCCAAGCCGAAGUCCUCUAACCACUUCUGUUUCCGUGUCGACUCUGCCCCAUUACCCCCCUUCUUCCACUGUCUCGACCCCCUCCUCCUCGCCCACUGCUUCCUCUCCUCCUCCUCACGGGUCCUCGAACACCUCUCCUUUGAUAUCAUCUUCCCCCUCCCCUUCUGCAGUCUCCACUUCACACAGCAUCCCAAGUGUCAGCUCAGCUCCACACCGUCCCUCGCCCUCUGCACCUCUGACCGAGUCACAGACAGCAUCCCUGCUGACCAGCCCCCCUUCCCCCGCCGCCUCCACACCCAUCAGGCCCUCCCUCUCACCUCCAUCAGCUCCGACGCUGUCCCCUGCCCCCACUGUUAGUACCGUCAUCCUGUCUACACCCCGGACCACAGUCAGCAGCCCCACCUCCUCCGUCCCGUCCUCUCAGUCCACCACCGCACAGGCCACCUCUCUCACCACCCAAACCCCCACCCACGGCCUCCUGUCUUCUACGCUGGGCGUGACAGCCGUCCCAAGUUCUCCAGCCACCAACCUCACCACCAGACAGCCGAGUACCACCAGGCUGCAGACUACCGUGUUCCUGGCCAGCUCCAUCACUGCACACGAAAGCUCCUUCCUCCCCACCGCCGGGUCUGUGUCCACAGAGAGCCAGUCCAUCUCCACCUUUGCUACAUCUCUUCCCAGCUCUGCAGGUACUGAGACAGGCAGACCAGAGACACCUCCGUCCACAGGGGCCUGCAGCGUGAAGGAGUCGGAGGAAGAAGUCACUUUCCAGGGGUGCACGGCCAACAUCACGGUGACCCGCUGCGAGGGUGUGUGCGCCUCCUCGGCCAGCUUCGACAUGGACACCAUGCAAGUAGCCACCACCUGCAGCUGCUGCCGCCCUGUCAGCUCCUACGAGGCGGAGCUCGUGCUGCCCUGCACGGACCCUGCGGCGUGGGGGCAGCAGCUGGUGCUCACGGUGCAAGUGUUCAGCAGCUGUGCGUGCUGCCGCCAGCGCUGUGGAGACUAGAGCUCCAUCCACAAAACCGCCCGACACGCUGGGCCCCGCAGCCCCUUCCGAGGCACAGCCGUGGCCUCCGAGAGCCCUCGGAGGUGGCUCACCCGGGCCGCCGGAGAGAAAGGGGGUGCGGGCGGGGGUCCUGCAGACCCCGACGGGCCCCAGCAGGCUGCACGGGACUGGCUGGCCUCCGGGGCCACACAGGGCGCUGCCUGCCAUGCCCACUGCUCGUGCACAGCCUCCAGUCCUGCUGGGACUAAGACCGGGGGCAGAGCAGCACGGAAGGCUGUCCAGAAGGGGCUCCUGGGGAGGCCGGGCCCCCGAGCAGAGGGUCGGGGAGAGACACAGGUCACAGCAUGCAGAGGGAAGCGAAGGGGGGCACCCCACCUGCCUGCCGACAGGGCUCACCCUGGCGAGGGGGCACCCGGGCACCACACCCUGGCGAACAGACGGCAAUAAACUGGCCCUGGUCAAAGCACAAA